ACAUUUAGAAGAAACAUCAGUGACUCCGGUUUUUACACUCCAAGGGAGCUCAGGAGUGGGGCUGUGUCAGGGGCAUGGACGCCAUCUCCCAGGGGUCUCUGCUGCCGGCUACGCUCCUCUCCACGUGCUCUCUCGUAGGACCCCUGCUGCCGCCGAGGAGCCGCGGGAGGGGCCCCGCGUGGCGGCGGCCCGGGCCCCCAGCGCGCCCCCGGCGCCCGCGGUGCUCGCCCUGACGCGGCCGCCAUGGCGCAAGAGAACGCGGCGUUCUCGCCGGGGCCGGAGGAGGCCCCGCGCCGCCGCGGCCGGCAGCGCUACGUGGAGAAGGACGGCCGGUGCAACGUGCAGCAGGGCAACGUGCGCGAGACGUACCGCUACCUGACCGACCUCUUCACCACGCUCGUGGACCUGCAGUGGCGCCUCAGCCUGCUCUUCUUCGUGCUCGCCUACGCGCUCACCUGGCUCUUCUUCGGCGCCAUCUGGUGGCUGAUCGCCUACGGCCGCGGCGACCUGGAGCACCUGGAGGACACGGCGUGGACGCCGUGCGUCAACAACCUCAACGGCUUCGUGGCCGCCUUCCUCUUCUCCAUCGAGACGGAAACCACCAUCGGCUACGGGCACCGGGUCAUCACCGACCAGUGCCCCGAGGGCAUCGUGCUGCUGCUACUGCAGGCCAUCCUGGGCUCCAUGGUGAACGCCUUCAUGGUGGGCUGCAUGUUCGUCAAGAUCUCGCAGCCCAACAAGCGCGCCGCCACGCUCGUCUUCUCCUCGCACGCCGUGGUGUCGCUGCGCGAUGGGCGCCUCUGCCUCAUGUUCCGCGUGGGUGACCUGCGCUCCUCGCACAUCGUGGAGGCCUCCAUUCGCGCCAAGCUCAUCCGCUCGCGCCAGACGCUCGAGGGCGAGUUCAUCCCGCUGCACCAGACCGACCUGAGCGUGGGCUUCGACACGGGCGACGACCGCCUCUUCCUCGUCUCGCCCCUCGUCAUCAGCCACGAGAUCGACGCCGCCAGCCCCUUCUGGGAAGCGUCGCGCCGAGCCCUCGAGAGGGACGACUUCGAGAUCGUAGUCAUCCUCGAGGGCAUGGUGGAAGCCACGGGAAUGACAUGCCAAGCCCGGAGCUCCUACCUGGUGGACGAGGUGCUAUGGGGUCACCGCUUCACGUCAGUGCUGACCCUGGAGGAUGGCUUCUACGAGGUGGACUAUGCCAGCUUCCACCAGACCUUUGAGGUGCCCACACCCUCGUGCAGCGCCCGGGAGCUGGCUGAGGCAGCAGCCCGCCUUGACGCCCACCUCUACUGGUCCAUCCCCAGCCGGCUGGAUGAGAAGGUGGAGGAAGAGGGCUCAGGAGAGGGGUCAGGUGGGGGCGCCGGGGCAGAUAAGGAGCAAAAUGGCUGUCUGCCACCCCCAGAGAAUGAGUCCAAGAUGUGA